AUGUCAGACAAACAGUUCCCUCCAGCACCAGUGGAGCCAGAUUGGCAAGGGCAAUAUGCUCAUGUUCCUCAGAUUGACAGCGAGGCCUAUCCGCAACGCUCCUCUGUCGAUGCCAGGAAUCACGGGCAAAACAGCAAGGCCAGGCUGGCAACAGAUGUUGGACACCACGCAGUCCAGUCAAGAGGCCUGAAGGCGAGCAAUUUCAACCAGGGCGCAGUCUCCAGCAUCAGCCACAGUCCUCAGCGAUCACCGUCAAUAACAAGCAACUCCAGUUCGGUGGUCAAAUCUGCCAACUACACCCAUUGCAGCAAUCCAAGCUCUGAACCCUUUCCUUUUUCCAAGCCCUCGGAUUCAAGCAACGCGUACUACUACAGACCUCAAGGUGACCAAAUCUCGGUCAUCGAGCCUAGUCAAUCUGAUAGAGAGGACAAGGAGCAGAGCCUUGACCAAGAAGCAGGAUAUGAUGUUGAGGAUCAGGAUGAUGGGGAUGGGACAGAGGACAGAGUCCACUCACGUCAUCAAACCGUCGCAGAGAGACUCGCAGCUCGGCGCAAGAUGAAGAGGUUUAGGCUUACUCAUCAGCAAACGAGGUUUUUGAUGAGCGAGUUCGCCAAGCAACCGCAUCCAGAUGCUGCCCACAGGGAACGACUGUCUCGAGAGAUACCUGGCUUAAGUCCCCGCCAAGUGCAAGUUUGGUUCCAGAAUCGGCGAGCGAAAAUCAAGAGACUUACGGCGGAUGAUCGAGACAGAAUGAUUAGAAUGCGGGCGGUCCCCGACGAUUUUGACAACGUACAAGCGUUGCACUCUCCUUAUGGCGCAGUUCACGGAAUCGCGCCCGUUUUAUCACCCUCACACAUGGGGCCGACGGUCAGCCCCUACCCCAACCGAGGCUCGAGGCCUGUGGUGCUGGACAUGAGAAGGGCGGGUGGGGAGUCGUAUGCGUCGCCAACGGGCCUGACACAGUCGUUUGGCGGUAUUGACAUUGGACAAGCGCCGCCAGGGAUGGGUCACUCUGAACUGGCCUUGACAACGAGCCCUUUGUACCACGACCGAUACGGCUCAAGCGCCUCGUCGCCGGUAGCUUCUGGCCUCGGAUAUCGGGCUCCUAGUAGUGCGUACUGGAACUCGGCAACGAGCAGCAUCGGGAGCGUAUCACCGCCCAGCAGGUCUGCGUACAGGGACUCGAACCCACUUCAAGGUCGCGAUUGGGGUUGUCGCAGUGUUUCGGAAACGGUUCAAACACCGACUGGCAUGUAUCAGGGGCAGAGUCCCACAACUGAUGCACCAGAUCGACAAAUCGGUUACUCGAAUGCUCAGUUUGAUCAUUCAAAUCCAAGCGGCUUUGGUGGACUGGAGGCACAGACAUAUCCUGACUUGCCCGGGAGAGCGUCAGAUGGAAACGUCACGGGCAUGAGAGGAGACUCAAGCAUGAGCCGUGGCCGAGUUCCGGCCGUGACGACAGAGGGACCGCUGUCGAUGGACUUUGGCUUUAGGGACUCGUACCAAAGCGUUGGUCUGCCGCCGUCUCUUCCCCAUCAGCAGCACCAGCAUCAGCAUCAGCAUCAGCAUCCGCAUCCGCAUCCGCAUCAGCACGAUGACAGAAGCCAGCACUUGCCUUCUCUCAGGCAGAACAUGACGCCACCCAGCAGCAACUAUUCGCGCGGUGGUCCUGUCUCGGCAUCGUUGGAGAUGGCAACAGACCGGCCCUUGCUGGUACAAGGCGAAAACAUGGGGGAGUACCCUGUUCCGCAACUACCUGCGCCCAUGCCGGCGUCCGGUGGCUUGAGUCGUCCGUUUCCUCCACCGACGUCGAACCGAGAUCCUAGCAGUGGGUCUCUGGGCCUUUGA